ACAUAAAUUUUCUCCCAAGCGUUACUAUAAGUUAGUCGACGUAACCGAGUUAUAACGUCCCGUUUUUCCGUUAAUUCGAGUGGACAGGAAAAGAGGCAGAUAACAAAACAUGUCCGCCAUCUCUUCUUCUCUCUUCUCCCGGCUACCGCCUAUCCACCGCCACCGACUUCACACCGCACCUCACCAAAAUUACCCCAAACACCGAUGCAGGAGCAGCAGCAGCAAAACGACGUCGGAGCUCCGAACGCCACCUGCUUCGGUCACCGGCCAAAACGGUAGCAGCAGUUGCUCCCCGUCAGUCCCGUCCCACAAGGUCACUGUUCAUGACCGCCAACGUGAUAUCGUUCACGAAUUCUUCGUCCCCGAGGACCAGUAUAUAUUGCAUACGGCUGAAUCGCAGAAUAUAAGUCUUCCAUUUGCUUGCAGGCACGGUUGUUGUACUAGCUGUGCUGUUCGCGUAAAAUCUGGGCAACUUAGACAGCCAGAGGCCCUCGGGAUAUCAGCGGAACUGAAAUCUAAGGGUUAUGCACUUCUUUGUGUGGGUUUCCCAUCAUCUGACCUUGAAGUUGAAACACAAGAUGAGGAUGAGGUGUAUUGGCUUCAAUUUGGAAGAUAUUUUGCCCGAGGACCUGUUGAAAGGGAUGACUAUGCCUUGGAGCUAGCCAUGGGAGAUGAAUAAGCUGUCUUCCAGUCCCUUUCGAAGCAAGGUUUGAUGGAAUGAGUGUGAAUGUACUAAUCUCUCGUCCCAAUUUUGAUGUAACAUAAUUAAGUUAGUUGGCCAUGAUAUAAGUUUCUUCUUCCCGGCCUGUUGUUUUGGAUAUGAACAUUAACCCUCGCGCAUCCUGAUCCAAUGAGAAACUUGAAGUUUUCUUGCUCCUGGUGCAGUCCUUUGUGUAGUCUAUGAUUCUAUGCCCGGUUGUCGUAUGUCAACUGCAUUUCACCUUCCGCCAGUGGACCUCCUUGUGAGUUAAAUGUAGAAGAUUGAUGUGCAUUCUAUAGCACUAGAGAAUUACUGUUGAUUUUA